AUGUCGCUGGUGGCGCCUAGAAGGGUCCAACUUGAUUGGGCGCCUUCGAUAAUACCAUGGGAACAAGAGCCGACGUGCGAGAGAGACACAUCGUUCAAGAAGGAGGCGCCGCAACAAUCUAAGAACACAGAAUCGUCGUCAUCAUCAGCGGACACUGCGUCCCAAGGAUCUGGGUCCGCUGCACCCGCACAGAAGGCCCGACGACAUGAACCACAGAGGGAAGAGCGUCGCCAGGAAGCGGCUAGUGCUCCGCGAAUCCAACCAAACCCAUUAUUGAGGUCUCGAACCCUCCCGAACUUCGGUGGUCGUCAGUCGCGCGAGGCGUCCAGGUGCGACACCUCGCGGCGCGCACAUCACAUCACCAUGGCGUCCGAGGACCUGCUGCAACCAGGCCACGUUGUCAAGGAACGAUGGAAGGUGGUAAAGAAGAUCGGUGGCGGUGGUUUCGGCGAGAUCUACGAAGGUUUGGACCUGGUGACGCAGGAGCAGGUCGCGCUGAAGGUGGAGUCAGCUCGCCAGCCCAAACAGGUGCUCAAGAUGGAGGUCGCUGUGUUGAAGAAAUUGCAAGGCAAAGAGCACGUGUGUCGCUUCAUAGGCUGCGGCCGCAACGCUCGCUUCAACUACGUGGUGAUGCAGCUGCAGGGACGGAACCUCGCCGAGCUGCGCCGGGCGCAGCCAAGGGGGGCCUUCUCACUCUCUACCACGCUUAGACUGGGAUUACAAAUACUCAAAGCUAUAGACUCGAUACACUCCGUGGGAUUCCUACACAGAGAUAUUAAACCAAGUAAUUUCAGCAUAGGUCGUCACCCGUCCAACUGCCGCAAGGUGUACAUGCUGGACUUCGGGCUGGCGCGCCAGUACACCACCAGCAACGGACAGGUGCGCCCGCCGCGCGCCGCCGCCGGCUUCAGAGGAACCGUCCGCUACGCAUCAAUAAACGCCCAUAAAAACAAAGAGAUGGGUAGACACGAUGAUCUAUGGUCAUUGUUCUACAUGCUCGUAGAAUUUGUCAAUGGACAGCUGCCUUGGAGAAAGAUUAAAGAUAAAGAACAGGUCGGUCUUAUGAAAGAAAAAUACGACCACCGUCUCCUCCUGAAGCACCUACCUUCAGAAUUACGCCAGUUCUUAGAACAUGUCCAACAGUUGGAAUACGCCGACUCGCCAGACUACGCCAUGUUGACGUCACUGUUAGAACGGUGCUGCAAACGGCGCGGGAUACGGGAUACUGACCCUUAUGAUUGGGAGAAAGAUGCGGUGUCAGUGUCGCGCACCCGCGCGGCGGUGCACGCGGCGCCCGACCACACCACGCCGCACGACGCGCAGCUCGACGUCACGCGGCGCCGCGUGGAGCCGGAGGCGACCCGGCGGGUGCGAGCGAGCCGGGCGCGGCGCACAACAAGGACAAGCUGCCGGACAAGCGGCCGCACCCCGCCUCGCCCAGGCACCAGCCGCACCAUCUCAACGGAUAUUCGACGACUGACAAGCCCACGACAACGGACAAGGAGGCGGAACCUAGGACUACACCAGCGCCCUCUCCCGAUAGACAUGCCAAGCAACAAGAGACGAGUACGUCGGCAGUGA